AUGGCUGCCCACAGGUGUGCUUCAGUUAUGGCCGACCCCGAUUCAGAUCGUGAUUCAGGCAUGGCUGAGUCCGAUUCAGAUUGUGAUUCAGGCAUGACUGAGUCCGAUUCAGAUCAUGAUUCAGGCAUGGAUGAGUCCGAUUCAGAUCAUGAUUCAGGCAUGGCUGAGUCUGAUUCAGAUGAGUACGAUAGUGAGGUGGAGCUCGAGAUUGUCACAGCCUACGUUCAGCUGUGUAUAGAGUACGUGCAAAAGUACUACAUGAAGCGACCUAGGUGCACUAGUAUCCUAAGUGGGAGGUCAUAUGUGAUUGAAGUACUAGAAGGAAAUCCGCAAGUGUGUUAUGACAUAUUCCGCAUGGACAAGGCCAUUUUUAGACACUUGUGUAAUGAGUUGAAGCGGCUGCACCUAUUAGAGGAAGACACUGGUUGGGUUUCAGUUGAGGAGUCCGUUGGGACAGUGCUAUAUAUCGUCGGACACAACGCUGACUACCGGGUAACUGCCAAUCGCUUCCAACAUUCUCUCGAGACCAUUCAAAGGCAGUUCCGGCGUACCUUGCGUGCUAUCCAUGCUUUGGGAUGUAUCAUCAUCCGGCCCAACGUUGAUGCAGCUGAGCUCCCUCAAUCACUUCGAGGGAAUGGGAAAUAUUAUCCAUGGUUUGAGAAAUGUGUGGGGGCUAUCGAUGGGACGCAUAUAAGUGCCUCUGCCCCAUUCGCUAGGACUACCGCAUUUAGAGAAAGACGGAGUGAUAUCACCCAAAACGUGAUGUGUGCAUGCAACUUUGACAUGCGGUUUACAUAUGUGCAUUCGGGAUGGGAAGGGAGUGCAAAUGAUUCAUGA